CCGCCUGAGGCCAGGAUGUGCUCUCCGGCUGGCAGGGCCUGGAGCAGAGCCCAGUCACUCCCCGGAGCCCAAGUGCUGGGAACCGCCCCAUGCCCCCCUCUACCCCCCUCCCCUUGCGGGGCGGGCCAGCCCCCUGGGCGCCUUAAAAACCAGAGCUGGUGCUCAGGUCGCUGCCGCUUUGAGCAAGAUCCAGCGUCGCUGCGGUUAACCCUGACCUCUUUGGAGACCCCGCGCAGCCAUGGCCAGCAAGGGCUUGCAGGACCUGAAGCAGCAAGUGGAGGGGGCGGCUCAGGAAGCUGCCAUGGACCAGGCGGCCAAGUCUACCCAGGAAACCAUCGACAAGACUGCUAACCAGGCCUCGGAGACUUUCUCCGGUUUGGGGAAAAAAUUCGGCCUCCUAAAAUGACAGAAAGGAGACGAGGGUGACUCCCUACCAGGUCCUGAGCUCUAGCAGGCUCUUAGCCGGCCCUCUCAUUAAAGCACAUAUUCUUAA